ACACAUAAUUGAAUAAUGUAAGGGAGAAGAAAGAAGCGCAGAGAAUGAAAGCUCUUUUGAAGAAGAAAGUAAAACAGCAUGGCCAUGACCAUGACCAUGGUAUCCACAAAAUCUCUGCGACCUCUUUCACCUCUCUGUUUUUCCUCUCUAAGAUCUCCCAAUUUCCCUCUCUCCCUACUGGACACUUCCCAAAAUCAACAAAUGCUUUCUCUCUCACUAACACCACAUCACGUCUCCUAAUGCGAGCCUCCGUUUCUGAUUUCGGUUCAAAUAUCGGCGAAAUCCUCGGUGAUGUUACAAUUUUCAGGGCCACUGGUGAACCUGUCAUGAGUUAAGGAUCUUUGGGACCAAAACCAGUUUUUUUUUUUUCUGAAAAUUUGCAGGAAAUGGCUAUUGUUGCGCUUUAGAGGCACUUUGGAUGCUUUUGUUGUUAGCAUAAUGGAGAUGGUAUCAAAUAACAAGGCAAAAUUAUUUGUUGGAGGAGUGAAGAGAGUUAAUGAAGAAAUGUUAAGACGAUAUUUUGGCAAGUAUGGCCAAGUAAAAGAGGUUCUGAUUGUGCUGGAUAAAAUCACAGGCAUUAGUAGAGGUUUCGGCUUUGUCACUUUUGAAGAUCCUUCGGCAGCUGAUAAAGCCCUUCAACACCGCGACCACUUCAUCCGUGGCAAGAAGGUGGAUGUGAAACCAGCAAUACCAAAGAGACGUUCUAAACAAGAACAAGAUAAUGACGAAGAUUCUAAUUCUACUGAAUUUAGAACUAAGAAAAUUUUUGUAGGAGGUUUGCCACCUAACAUUACCAAGGAAGAGCUCAAGAAUUUCUUUGACUCUUUCGGUACAAUCACUGAUGCGGUUGUGAUUCACAACAAAUUAACUGGCAAACCCAGAGGGUUUGGGUUCAUUAGUUUUGACUCUGAGGAGACUGUUGAUAUAAUAUUGCAAGAAAGAUACCGUCAAUUCAAUGGUUACGUUGUGGAGGUUAAAAAGGCUAAAUCUACAGAUAUGAUGGGCAAGAAUGAUAAUUACAUAAAUAAUAUGGGUUUUUAUGGCAGUUAUCCUUCGUAUUAUCCUUAUUACUGGGAUACGUAUAAUGCUCUUCCUUAUUUCUAUCCUGGUGGAUCUACUCCUUUUGCUGGUUGGGUAUUCCCUCAAAAUUAUUUGGAGGGUGGAGAUAACACAAGUGCACCUUCAAAUCAAGUGCAAUCUUUGAUCUCUGCUGGUUGUUGGCAAUUCUAAUAAUUAAUUACUAUGGCUCAUAUUUGAUUUUUUUUUUUUUUUGUUGAUUCAUUAUCCAUUCUGGUUUUAAAUACUGGUUUAGUUGUUAGCUGUAUUUGGACUUUUUAUUGUAAUUUGUUGUGAGUUUUAGGUGUUUUUGUACUGGUGACAAUGGGUUUAAUGUUUUGACAUCAUCACCAAUAUGUUGGGAUUUAACCCAUUAGUACUUCAAUAAUUUUGUUUCCAAUAUCA